UUCAAUUUUCAAGUUUUCACUCUCCUCUCCGAGCCUUUCCUGCCAGCCAGUGACAGUCCUUUCUCUUUUCUUUCCCUCCCGUCUCCAUUGGUCUUUCUCGUGUUUCCUCCGUUUGCUUCAGCCUUAAGUUCCUAAUCCCUUGUGUCACUCAAGUCUCAACAAAGACAGUAGAUUUGGAAGAAACAUGUCGGUGUCAUCUUAUGGAAGCGAGUACAAGAAUUUCAAGCAAGUUACCCGUGAACGAUUGUUGCAUGAUAUGCUUCACUCGACCAAGACAGCAGAUUCAAAGUCAACGUGGAAGAUAUGGUGGUGAAUUGUCUGCACGAAACUUGCAAAAGAUGGUUCAAGCAUUGCCACAAUAUAGUGAACAAAUUGACAAGCUCUCCCUCCAUGUAGAGAUUGCUGAAAAAAUUAACAAAAUGAUCACAAAUCUGAGGCUUAAAGAACUUGGGGAACUGGAGCAGGAUCUGAUUUUUGGAGGUGCAGGAAUAAAGGAUGUAAUUAAAUUUUUUAAAAUAAAUGAGAACACUACUCGCGAGAACAAGUUGCGUUUAUUGAUGAUUCUUGCAGCCAUUUAUCCUGAAGAAUUAGAGGGUGAGAAAGAGCUCAACUGGAUGAAGUUAGCAAAAUUACCAGCUGAGGAUAUGAAUGCUGUCAAUAAUAUGAGAUUGCUUGGGGGAUCACCAGAUACAAAGAAAAGCUUCACUGGAAUUUUCUCUCUGAAAUUUGACUUCCACAAGAGAAGGCAUGUAGCUAGGACGGAAUGCAUUGAUGUAGAGGAAACAUGGCAGUUGUCACGCUUUUACCCCAUCUUUCAGGAACUUAUAGAAAACCUUAACAAUGGUGAAUUAUCAGACAAGGAAUAUCCAUUUCUUAAUGGACCCAGUGCAACUUCCUAUGGAUCAUUUCCUACUUCACAUUUGCAUCAAGUUCCUGCUCAUUCAAUGAGAUCAAGAAGAACACCGACAUGGGCUAAGCGUCCAAAUGUUGAUGAUAAAUAUUCCAGUGAUUCAAUACUGAAACAUGCAUCCAGUGAUUUGAAGAGGAUGGGUUGGCGUAUUUUUGUAUUUAUUGCAGGUGGAGCCACUCGAUCAGAGUUAAGAGUUUGUGACAAACUAACGAAUAAACUGAAGCGGGAAAUUGUUCUUGGCUCUUCAUGUCUUGAUGAUCCUUCACAAUUUGUAUCAGCAACAGCUUUCGCCUAUCAUUCAAGUCUCGAAAUUAACAUGACUUCAUAACAAAUCAUCCAUUAUUGAGCAGAGCAUUGGGGAUGUCCCAAUGUGUUACAAUAUGUGGGUUUAGACAAUGAUCCUUGCCUAAUGAUGUUUUUUUCAUUUGAUUUGGUAGAAAUUGAAGCAGCUUACAGCCCAUGAACUCUCACUGGAUGUUCUCAAGAUCUGAUAUGCAUUAUUGUUGGUAUCAGCCACAAUUUGCAGUGAUCUACUGCUUGGUUAGGAAUUAGAAUUUUCUUAUCAAUUGAUAGAUAAACACACACACACAGAGCAUUUGUAUCUUGGGUUUAACUCAAGUGGUAAGCUGAUGGCUUCAUCAAUAUCAUCC